CGCAGACUUACGGAGCGGCUCGUCUCCCGGCUCGGUUCCACUCUUCCACUCUCGAGAAUAUCACAACGGAAGUAACGGUCCAGAGUUUCGAGCGGUUCAAGUAUGUUCCGGAGCGCGAUUUCGGGUCUGAUGGUUUUCCUGACGGCGGUCAUGAAGAUGAAUGCCAUGCACCCGGACUGCGCCCUGGUGGUCCAGCACAAGAAGGACCAGGAGGAAUGCACCCGGAUCCUUCAUGAGGAGGAGAGGAUCCGCGGCAACCAGACAGAGUGUCCGACUGUUUGGGACGAUGUUCGCUGUUGGCACCGAGCUGAGGUGGGGCAGGUCAUCAGGGUCUCGUGCGCCAAUGUCUCCCUGCUGUUCAACAACCAAGGCUUCAUCUACAGGAACUGCAGCUCAGCGGGCUGGUCCAGCAUUUACCCGUCUUACACAGAAGCGUGUGAGUUCCUGGACGACGAGGAGCUGGAACCAGAGACGACCUACUUCUCCAACUUCAAGCAGGUCUACACGGCGGGAUACGCCACCUCCCUUAUCUCGCUCAUCUCUGCCAUCUUUGUCUUCACGGCCUUCAGGAAGUUCCAUUGCACCCGGAACUACAUACACAUGAACCUCUUCUUCUCCUUUAUCCUGAGAGCCAGCGCUGUCUUCAUCAAAGAUGGGAUCCUUUUCGCCGACGAAAACCUGGACCACUGCUUCAUGUCUACGACCUCCUGUAAGGCGGCGGUGGUCUUCUUCCAGUUCAGCAUCUUGGCCAACUACUUCUGGCUGCUGGUGGAGGGAAUGUACCUGCAGACCCUGCUGGCGCUCACCUUUGUCUUUCAGAAGAAGUACUUCUGGUGGUACAUCCUCAUCGGCUGGGGUUUGCCCACGACCAUCAUCACAGCCUGGAUCCUCACCAGGAGCUUCUACGACGACAGAGGUUGCUGGGACGACACUGACGUCUCCUUCAUCUGGUGGAUCAUCAAAGGUCCAAUAACUGCAUCCUUGCUGGUGAACUUCAUCAUCUUCAUCAACGUGAUCCGAAUUCUGGUGCAGAAACUCCGAUCUCCAGGCGUCGGCGGAAAUGACACCAGCCACUUCAAGAGACUGGCCAAGUCCACGCUUCUUCUCAUCCCUCUGUUCGGGAUGCACUACAUGGUUUUCGCCUUCCUGCCUGAAAACACGGGAGCAGAGGCGCGAAUAUUCAUCGAGCUGGGUUUGGGAUCCUUUCAGGGGUUCGUGGUCGCACUGCUCUAUUGCUUCCUCAAUGGAGAGGUGCAGGCAGAGUUCAAGAAAAGGUUCUGGAAGUGGCAGACUCAGAGUUACCUGAGCUACAGUCUACGACGGAGAACCUUGUUCACGGAGAGCAGCACCAUCACACAAAUCUCCGUCCUGGACAAGUCCAGUCCCAAAGACCCCACGGCAGCCGAGACGCAGACUCCCCUCACACCCAGCAACAGCGUCUCCCCUGUCUGAUGACAUCACCUGGAGGUUUCGUCACCCGGAAAGCCGCCAUCUUGGUACCACUGCAACUCAGAUCGAUCAGUUCCGUGACUCAUUGCUGCUUCAAAAAACUCAUUCUCAAGAUUGCAAGCUUUUAUUCUUCGGUUUUUACGUUUUUUUUAUCUUCCAAAAGAGGUGCAGUUUCAUCAGAAACCAGAAAAUAUCCAAAAUCACCUUCUUCUGCCACUUAUCUGGGGUUGGGUCGCGGAGGCAGCAUUCGGAGCAGGGAAGCCCAAACUUCCCGAUCCGCACAAACCUCCUCCAGCUCCUCCCGGGGGAUCCCGAGGCGUUCCCAGGCCAGAGCGGAGACAUCAUCUCUCCAGUGAGUCCUGGGUCUUCCCCGGGGUCUCCUCCCGGUAGGACAUGCCCGGAACACCUCCCCAGGGAGGCGUCCAGGGGGCAUCCGGAUCAGAUGCCCGAGCCACCUCAGCUGGUUCCUCUGGAUGUGGAGGAGCAGCGGCUCCACCCCGAGCUCCUCCCGGAUGACCGAACUCCUCACCCUAUCUCUAAGGGUGCGCCCAGCCACCCUGCGGAGGAAACUCAUCUCAGCCGCUUGUAUCCACGAUCUCAUCCUUUCGGUCAUGACCCAAAGCUGGUGACCAUAGGUGAGGGGGGGAACGUAGAUCGGUCGGUAAAUCCAGAGCUUCGUCUUGUGACUCAGCUCCCUCUUCACCACGACGGUCCGAUACAGCGACCGCAUCACUGCUGCCGCUGCACCAACCCGUCUAUCAAUCUCACGCUCCCCUUUUCCCUCACUGACAAGACGCCGUGAUACUUAAACUCCACCACUUGGGGCAAGAACUCUCCACCGACCCGGAGAGAGCAAACCACCUUAUUCCGGUCGAAAACCAUGGCCUCAGACUUGGAGGUGCUGAUCCUCAUCCCGGCCGCUUCACACUCGGCUGCAAACCGCCCCAGCGCAUGUUGAAGGUCCCGGUCCGAUGAGGCCAGCAGAACGUUGCAAAUAUCAGAGAUGAGUUUCUGUGGUUCCCGAACCGGAUCCCCUCCGACCCCUAGAAAUUCUGUACAUAAAAUCAGAACCGGUGACAAAGGGCAGCCCUGGCGGAGGCCAACAUUCACCGGGAACAGGUCUGAUUUCCUGCCGGCAAUGCGAACCAUGCUCCUGCUCCGGUCAUACAGGGAGCGGACAGCCCCUAGUCGAGGGCCCCGCACCACAUAUUCCCGGAGCACCCCCCACAGGACAUCGCGAGGGACACGGUCGAACGCCUUCUCUAAAUCCACAAAGCACAUGUGGACUGGUUGGGAAAACGCCCAUGAACCCUCGAGCACCCGAUGGAGGGUAUAGAGCUGGUCCAGUGUUCCACGACCGGGACGAAAACCACACUGUUCCUCCUGGAUCUGAGGUUCGACUAUUGGCCGAAGUCUCCUCUCUAGUACCCUGGAAUAGACCUUUCCAGGGAGGCUGAGGAGUGUGAUCCCCCUAUAGUUGGAACACACCCUCCGGUCCCCCUUCUUAAACAGGGGGACCACCACCCCGGUCUGCCAAUCCAGAGGCACUGUCCUCGACUGCCACGCGAUGUUGCAGAGACGUGUCAGCCACGUCAGCCCCACAACAUCCAGGGAUUUCAGAUACUCAAGUACAUUUAAAGCUAAUAUUUUAGCCAACCGAAUUAAUUGAAUUUAUAUCGAUAUUUUUACUCAGUUUCCCACAGGAAAGAUAAAUAAAAGUGGUCUAGUCCGAACAAGAUCGUAACUCAAAACGUAAUUUAAUAUGGAGAAAAUUGCUGCACAAACAUCCUCAUAGUGAAGUAUUUGAAUGGAAACAUAACGGGGAAAACAGCGACUCCAAGUGGUGAAGGGCAAUCACUGCGCUUAAACAGAACUAUAGUCGAUACAAUAAUAAUAAUAAUAGGUUUGUUCCUGAUCUUUGUUCAAGAACAGCUGUAUUAAACACCGCAAAUGUUCAAAUCAAUCUAUCUAUAUUUAGCAAAUAUUAAUGCCAGAUAUUUAACAAAUCUGAAGAGAGACAACGGCGCCCCCAAGUGGUGAGUGCGAUUAUUAUUUUUAUUUCAAUCCGAGACAAACUAGGCAGCAACACAUUUUACACCGUUUUGAUUAUUUGACACUAUAAGAAGAAAAUGGCGCCCCCACCAGGUGGCUGAGGUCCAUGGCGGGUCCUGGUGCUGGGGGCCACUGACUCAUGUACUUGGUUGUCCUGACGCCGAGCUGGAGCUGGUGCCUUUCUUCUCCGAGCGGCUGAUGUCCCUGGAGAUCCUCCUCCGAUGUGUUGCACAGUGCACGAGCACCAAACUGGAGCACUCGACUGUAAAACCUCUGUCUUUCUCCUCCGAAUCACUUGCUGUGUAAAUAUGACAGAUGUGACUUUCACCGUGAAGCAGAUGAUAAACAUUUUAUAAAUGUAUAUAUAGACAGACAUAUUUAUAAUAAGGAGCAUUAGAGUGGAAAAGUAAUAUCAUUUUAUGUGCAGUCGUAUUUGAACACAUUAAAUUAAAUAAAACGUUUAUAUUUAUUUUAUUAAAUUCAAAUUUUCAAGUAUUG